AUGGCGGGCAGAGGAGUCGCGAGUCAGGGGACGACGCUAUUUGCCCUCAUCGAAUUUCCCACUUCCCAUUUCCCAGCUCCGUCGCAUCAUCUCCCAGGAGAGUUAGAGGCGCAGAGCACGGUGCCACUCUGGCCCCCAACCCAACCCCAAAAUAUUGGGACGCUUCCACGCCCAUCGACCAUCCUGAACCUUAUGUGGGCAUGUAGGCCACGCUGGGAGAUGAGAAGCUAUGAAACCGAUAUAUCUCCGCCCGCAGGAGGAAGGAGGGCGUUUCGCAGCACGAACUCCGAGGACGAGCCGACUCCGACUCUCCGUACCGAAGCCCGACGGACUUGGGGCUCCGGGCUGAAAAUGGAAACAUGCAACGGAUGGUUCUGCUCGUCCGUUUUAGGAAAUAUGAAAGAGGGCGGAAAAGAAUGGGAACUGUGGAGUUGGGAUUCGGGGUCUGAAUGA